GGCGCAGCAGUGAGCCAGUACCAAGGCCAGAGCAUGGAGCUGCCAGGUCCGGUCCGCCAGAGGCUGGGAAACUUCAGCCGGACCGUGUUCAGUGACUCCAGCCGGACCGGGCCGGAGUAUAACGAGGGUCCGGAUAAUGAAAUGGUUUCCAGUUUGGCAUUGCAGAUGUCACUUUAUUUUAACACUUAUUUUUUCCCACUUUGGUGGGUGAGCAGCAUUAUGAUGCUUCAGAUGAAGUAUUCAAUCUUGCCUGAUUACUACAAAUUCAUUGUGGUCACCGUUAUCAUCCUAAUAACCUUAAUUGAAGCUAUCAGGUUGUAUCUGGGCUACAUGGGGAACCUGCAGGAGAAGGUUCCUGAGCUGGCUGGCUUUUGGCUUUUGAGCCUUCUAUUGCAGUUGCCUUUAAUUCUAUUCUUGCUGUUCAAUGAAGGCCUAACGAAUCUGCCCUUGGAAAAAGCAGUACAUAUCAUCUUCACUAUAUUCCUUACUUUCCAAGUUGUUUCAGCAUUUCUUACCUUAAGGAAAAUGGUAAAUCAGUUGGCAACUCGUUUCCACCUCCAAGACUUUGACCGGCUCUCUGUGAGCAGAGGAGACAUGAGAAGAGUGAGAUCCUGUAUAGAAGAGAUUUGACCCAGUGCUGUUGAGUGAAAAUCUGAAAGAUCAUUCUAGAAAACUGCAGGAAUUAGGAAAACACCAGAGGGCUAGCACGAGAAAAAGGAUAAAGCAAGUGUUUUGAACUGUAUGCUCUCUGGCUCUGAAAUUCCAAGGUUGGGGGCAAUGAUAAGACUAUUUGCACAUCACAUGAAAGCAGUAAAUCAACCCUAAAGCCUAUGUGUUGUCUACCUGAUGUCAAAUAUCUGAAAUUUUUUGUUGUUGUUGACUUUUUCAGGUGUGUAAAAACCUGUAUUGGUGGCAUUACAUCUUUACUGUAAUAUUUCUAAUUAGUACCUAUAACUAGAAAUGUGUAUAUUUCUUUUAAUCUUGUUGGCUAUCUAUGUGUUGGCAGUAUGUCUGAAGCACGUGGAAAUGCUUGUCAGUAUUCCGAUGUAUUAGACUACAUUUGUAAACUAAGACACCAAAUUUUCAUGUCUGCUAGGGUCUUAGCUGUUAUACUGAGGUUAAGAAGAAAACAGGUGGAUUAUCAUGCUAUUUAAGAAAUGUUUUUAUUCUAAAAUUGUUACUUUCAUAAAACCAUGUUCAGGGACUUCCCUGGCAGUUUGGUGGUUAAGACUUCGCCUUCCAGUGCAGGGGAUGCAG